CACGCACAUCUGAUUCCAAUAGAUAUACCUGUCAGUUUUCAUUAACUUUUUAAAGAGUACCCUAGGGUCUUUUUCUCUCAGUUUUCAAAUUUCUGUGUCCGUCUGUGUUUAGUAGACUUUCCCUUUGGACGCCCACCCUGCAAUCAGGUUCACUGAAACGCAAGGCACGUGUAGUGGUAGGUAUCCAUGUGAAGGCAUAAUUCAGUGAAUUUGGACCUAUGUGUACAUCUACUGCACCCAAAGAUGCAUACAUUUCCCUCACCCCAGGUAGCUACAGGCAACACCUGACAUGCCGUGUUUUCCUUCCCUCUUCCAGAACUUCACACGCAUUAAACUUCACACGCUGAAAUCAAACACGAUGCAUCUCAUUCUGCUGUCUUCACUCUGCAUGAGGUUUGGAACGUAUAUCCACGUGUCUCCGUAUGCAAACAGUCACUCGUGUCAUUGCCAAUCAAAGUUCCUCGUGGCGAACGGACGGUGCACAGAAAAGUCUGCCGUGGGAACCAUUGGGCGUGACAAGUUUAUCAAUAUUGGUUAUAUGAAUCAAAAUAUUUUCAGUCUUUUUUCUGAUACCUCAACUUCUAUCACAAUCAACGCGAACAGCAAAAGAAACACCACAAAAGGGUUUGUAUUGCCUGAUACGAAUGGAAAUAUUUUCCAUAUUGGGUAUGACAGCCUCGGUUCUCUCAUAAUACGUACUGCCAACGUGGACAGAGCAGGACACACCACACAAGUGUUUGCAUUGCUUGGCAAAAGACUUCACCCUGAUGACAACGACUUUGCAAAGUUCAGGGAGUUAAUGAGACGAAACAAUAUUCCUGAAGAAAAUCUUAUAGAUAUGAGCAAAACUGAGAAGUGUCCUAAAAAUGAGAGGGGCACCAACCCGUCCUGAACACUCUGCAUCACUGAGAACCAGGAACACGGUCUUCCCCAUGCAAUCAGGAUCAACAGCAUGAAGAGUAUGUUCCUUCUUUCUGCUUCACAUCAUUUUCUCUAUUCAUACACAUGUUUGCCUUUCCCAUCUCGUCUCUGUCCGUCACCGUUCAGGUCCUGUUUGGUGUUACAGGAUUUCUCUGUCCAUCACCAUUCAGGUCCUGUUUGGUGUCACAGGAUUUCUGAAUGAUUAAAUAAAUUGAUUACACGUGUACCCUGUA